AUGGACCUGUACAACCCUGACAUGCGUGAGCACUGGGAAGCCAGCCUCAUGGGAUUGCAGUUCUGGGAAGAUGCGACGAGAUAUGCCGAGAGACUUGCUAGUGAGCAACAAACCCGAGUGAGUCCAACUGCUCAGUCGCCUUCAAGGAAUCCUGUUCAGACUGGAGUCACGAGCUCCCCCGAGAAGAGUCCAACCAAGAAGAGCCGCUUCCAACUCUCUCAGCUCGCUUCCUUCAAUAGUAUGCGCCUCCGAAAUAUCACUCAGCCCUCCCCUGUAGGGACUGAUGCCACCAACUCGCCAGGGAAGAGUCAGAGAAGUCCCAACAAGGGUAGCUUGCAUCUUCCAAAACUGCCUUCCUUCAAGACUCUAAGUCUCAAACGAGGACCCAUCCUUGCGUCAACUUCAGGCAUUGUUGAGGUUGAGAAAACUGUUCGUCCAUCAAUUCUGUCUCCUUCUACUUUCCUUCCUCCUGAACCUUCCACUCCUACUUUCUUUCCUCCCGAGUCUCCGAUUCCUCCCAUGCCCAAGACCCCUCGUCCUGCUUUUCGUUCUCUCUACAGAGGACCAUCUGCUCCCAACCUGGAUAUUGCACCACCUAACCCGGCUGAGAGCUCUGAUAAAUUUGCCACAAUGGCUCCUGGUUACAUUAGCAAUGCUAAUUUCCAAGAUUGGCUUGAGCGAAAAAGUGAUCAUCACCCUGAACCUGUGACCACUCCUCACCCGGCGCACAGUUCUCGGAUCAGUCUGAUGGCCCACCUCAAUGAUGGCGGCACCUGGGAUAACAUCCCCCGCACCAGAUCAGUCCUGGAACUUAACAUGUUUUUCGAUGCUCGCAAGGUCUCUGCUGAGAGCCUUGUUGAUCUCGAUGAUGACCAGGAUAUUGAUGAAGGUACCGUGACUGGCGAAGUCACUAUGAUCGGCAAAGCUACCAUGACCGACAAAGUUACCAUGACUGACAAAGUUACCAUGACCGACCUCGACCUCAAAUCUUCCAUCGUGAACACCACCAUGGUUGACAAGGCCACCAUGGCCGACCUUGACACCGACAACAUGAGUACUGACAAGAGCACUGCCGAGACUGAUGUUAGCAUGGAAUGUGCUGCCAAUGAGCCCACCACUAAUGACCACCUGGCCACUGAACAGGCUACAGCUGAGACAGACGAUAUUAAUAAGUCUGCUGCCACCGCGGAGACCAACGUUAACCUGGACUCUGGUGCUGCAAUUGAGGCCGAUCUUCCUAUCCUGAAGGAGUCUGUUACCGAACAAGCCAACACGGAGCACGCAGAUAUCAACACGAACUGUGCCACUGACAAUCGGACCACCUAUAACAACCUGCCGACUGAUGGAUCUACCAUGGCUGAUCUGGAAAUCGAGAGUUCUAGCACCGAAGAGCUGACCACCAACAGCAAGGACGCGAAAGGCAAGACCGCCGUGCACGAUUGGGAGCUUUUUAGUCCCAGUGCAAUCAGGAAGGAGGACCUUCUCAUCUUUGAUGCGCCUCGAUACCCAGACCAAGAGGUCAUAAUGGAAGUCAACGCUCCAAAGGCAGCUAAAGUGAUUGACAAUGCCUUCAAUAAGGCUGCCACUGAUGACCAGGGAAUCGACCAGUCCACCGAGAAGCCAGAUGAUGAGCUGAGAAUCACCAUUCUCUCACUGACGCAGAUGCGGCCUCUGUGUGAGUUCCGAAACCUCCGCGUGCUGAAGCUGACUGGCAUGAUGCACUCAUACCAGCCCAUCAUCUGGCAGACGGUCUGGAGAAACCCUCGCCUCGUCACGCUGGAGCUAGAGAUGGCAGCUAGCCUGGAGAUCAAGAAGCUGGCUGGUCCCAGUGGAUGGAAGCCCAUCAAGGAGGGAUGGGUAAUGAACGUCAAGUCGGGUGCCUCGCCCGUGUACUAUGGUCACCGUGGCGAUGGCGAGAUCUCGGAGGCCAUCGGGUACGGCGAGUACCUGGACAAGUUCUGCAUCGAGAAGGCAAAGGUGCUUGUCCUGAGUUCUGGUUUCCCUGCUCCCCCCUCCCUCCCGGUCAAGCGUCUGACCUUGACUGGUUUCGCUGUGGACGGAGACCCGUUCGGGAUGUGGUUCCGGAACCUCGAGGAGGUUCACUUCAAGAAGAACUGCAUCGACUGCGGUUUCUGGCUGUCUCGCGCCCAGCGAGACGUUCGAGUUCGUCACUCGGACGAGUACGUCGGAGUGGCCCGGGGUGGGGACGGGCCCUCCGUGGCUGGCUCCGUCGAGGAGCUCGGUGAGGAGGCACUUGCCGAGCUCACCGCUGCGGUGAGAGGCCUGGGGGCCUCAGGGAUGUGA